CCCAUGUCCUUCCCGCUCUUGCAGUCCAUGCCAAAUCUGCGGAGACACUUCCAGAAAUCUUCUGUUGCGCGAGCAGUUCUUCUCGGAUCGUACAACCUUCUUGUUAUCCCUGCCUUGUCUGCAUCUACUCCCACACAACAUCGUAAAGAUGCCUCCUUCGAAGCCGAAGCCGUCCGAAAUCGCAGCAGAGGCUAAGAAAUCGUACAUUCCCUACAUCAGAGAGAAUUAUAGUGCUCAGUGGCCGCCGACGUCCUUUCUAUGUUUUUCGGAAUCCAUGAUAGCCCCUCCUCGUCCAUCAAGUGAAAUGCUUCAUUGUCGAUUUGCUUUCUUUGAGUCGGAUCCUGUUGACUUUGCACUCUCUUGGAUGGACCCGUCAGAUAAGACUGCAAUUCCUGUCAUCAUGCCUGCGAAUGACAAAAGAGCUGGAGGUGAUUGGGAAGCUGGUGUCAUGUCACCUGAAGAGUGUCUCUGCCGGCGGAGCAAUUUACAUGCAGCACUCACGACCCCGGCUGCCGGAAAUUCGGCUUCUUCAAACUAUCCAAUUCCGUCAAAAGCAGGAAUCUACUCUGAGAAAGUUGUUGUCUUUCGGAAUGGUCCAGACAAGUAUGAGCCAUGGCAAGAAUAUAAAGCUCUUCCAAUAAUCUCGGUUUGUCCUGUCAAGCGACCAAAAUUAGACGGCUCUGGGAAGAAGUACUCUUUCAAGGCAGAAAAAGAGCUGAUGCGAGAUAAAAUUCGUGCCACAUUGCGUAUUGCAGUAUAUUACGGACACACCCGACUAUGCAUCGGAACCUUCGGACUCGGACCAGGAUUUCUGAAUCCCACGCAAGAAGUUGCAUUAAUGUGGAGAGACGCUCUCCUCAAAGACCCAGAGUUCGUUGGCCACUUCCAGGACGUGGUCUUCGCAUUUGAGGCUCCUGAAGGGCCAGCAGGUGCAAGUUCCAGUUCGACGAAGCAUUCCAGCAGCCGAUCGUCUGGGAAAGGUUCUUCUUCAUCUUCUUCGUCCUCGAAGAGCAGCUACUUAGCAGAUCUUGAGAUCUUCAGACAGGUGUUCAAACCCUCAGUCAUUCACGGUGCAUUCAAAAGUCAGGGUACACCUGCGUCUUCCUCAUCCCCCAUGUACACAUGACCGAAAUGAUCAACGAUUCAGCAAGGAGUUUGGCUUAUGGUCAUUUUAGGAUGUGGCGUCAAUGGGAGCAGCAUCACAUAUGGCGUUUUGAUCAUGGGACUUGGGAGCAUCAAUAUGGGGGAUAACGGAAAACAAGGGUGGCGUAAGACGGAGUCCUCAGCCAAGUCGAUGCCGGCUAUCUCUCUUUACUUCUAAUAAUUAUAUAU